AUGGGCGUCUCGAAGUUCCACGCCUGGCUGGUGGAACAAUUCGGCAGCGCGGCCUCGGACGCGCGCGGGAGGGCCUUGGCGGCGGACCACGUGGUCGUGGACAUGACCAGCGUCGUCCAGAGCGCGGCGCGGCGCUGCAAGAGCGGGCGAGAAGCUGUGAAGCGGGUCGUCGGUAGGGUGGAAAGCAUCUUUACGUCCUCGAAGACGGCGACGACGCACUCGGUCUGUCGGGCGCGCACGUCCGUGGGCUUCUUCCUCGACGGGCCGCUGCCGCGAGCGAAGGUCGUUACGGUACGGCAGAGACGGUUGAAGGCCAAGGAUGGGGUCCGCGCCGACGGGCUCGUCACGGAACGGGGUGCAAGACGGCCGUCGCCGAACCGCAUCCCGCCCUUCGACGUCCUCGAGAUCUCGCCGGGCACGGAUUUUAGCGAGCGGCUCGCGGAGGCGCUCGGGCAGUGGGCCGAGAAGAGAACAAGACGGAACGCGGCCGCGCGCCAGGGCUUCGACGAGGUCGUCGUGUCCGACGCGAGCGUGCCGGGCGACGGCGAGGUCAAGUGCGUCGAGUACCUAGAUGCCUGUGCGAGAGAAGCCGCGAGGAGCGGCGACCCGCGGCCGCGCGACGUUGUUUUGUAUGGAGGCGACGUGGAUCUCGUCGUCAUGGCGCUGUGUCGAGCCCAGCCGGGCCCGGGGCCCGUCUUCGGCCCGCACGUCCGGUCGAUCUUAGUGCUGUCGGACGCCGGGCGCGUUUUGGAUGUAGGCGCUUUGGCCGAUGCGCUAUGUGCGCGCGUCGCGAGGAAGAACGACGAGGAGGACCCGACGCUUGAACGAAGGCAGGUCGCUUUGGAUUUUGCGACGCUCGCCGUCGCGGCCGGCGGCAACGACUACUUACCUCCACUCAGUGUAGCAUCGCAUGCGUUGUGGGACGCCUACAAGGCCCAGGACCGAGCGUUGUACGACGAAACGUCUGGAAAAGUGGAUCUAGAAGUCCUCGGCAGUCUACUGGAGGACCGGCAUGUACCCGCGUCGCGCGAUCUCGGCACCGCGGCCCUGGUUUCGGCCCAAACUUGGACACGAUCUCCGAGGGAUACCCUCGACCGUAUUGAGAAAGAAACACAUCACUCCGACCACGACACACCAGAAAUUGAAGGGCGCCUGAACGUUGAUUUCCACACAGGCACGACGCCGCGACGAUCGACGAGAAGAGGCGACGCGUCGCGGAGGACGCUCGGAGUCAUACUCGCACGAAAGACGGGCGGCCGGCGGCGCCUCGGGCGUUAGAACUAGCUUUGCUGCGGAAAGCAGAUAGGGUUGGCGUGCGGGUCUUGGCGCCGCGCGACUUCGGGGCCGUUACUUCUGGUGCAGCUACUUUGUUAUACAGAGUGGAGUGGCGGCCCGUGCCCGUCCAGCCGCGCGAUUCCGAUGAUUCAAUACCUCGUAGAAGAACGCCGCCGCCAGUCAGUACGGCGCCUUGGCGCGUGGCCAUCGGGGCUGAUGGUUCGAGGCUGAAUCGCGUGGAGCUGAGGCACGUCGAUCCGAGGGUGGAGAUCCGGGCGCCGGCGGGCGGCGGGCCGCUGGAGGUGCGGUGUCGCGCGAGGAAUCACAUCGGGUGGGGCCGGGCGCGGACGACGCGACUGAAACGAGAUCCGAGGUGGUGCGUACAACAGUGCCCCCAAGGGCAAAGGUGUACAAACCCCCAGUGCGUCCACGCCCAUGAAAUCCGACACCUGGCCGAGGAGUGGCCGAGAGCGGGCAGCGCGCGGCCUCCCCAAGCGAGCGGCGUCUGGGCUCAAAGAACCUUUUCUUCCGUACCACCGAAGGACGAGGAGAGCGAUGCGGAGACUUUAGUAGGUAGUGAUGAUGAGGUCGUCGCCUGGGCGGAAGGCGAGUGGUUACAGACCCUCGAGUGGUGUGUUACGACGUACGCGCGAGGGCACUGUCGGGACUUUUCGAGGAGGUAUGCUCGACCAGCAGCUCCACCCCCAGAAGCUCUGAUUGGUUAUUGUUCUUCCAUGCGAGGGGUCGAUCGAGAUACUACUACUGAUGAAUAUGUACCCCCGCCGCCCCCUGCUGAAUCGCUAGCUUGUUUAUUACCUGGAAGAAGGGCAGCACACUUACUCCCAUUAGUGUUGAGGCCUUUGUUUGAGGACGGCUCGCCCGUCGCCGACGCGUGGCACGGCGCGGUGGCGGACGUGCCCUUAGAUCGCAUACUGGAAGCGGCGGCGGCUCUCAGAAGAGCAGCGCCGCCCGAACUCGACGCCGCGGCACCGUCGGCCUUCGGCGCCGUCGUGAGGUACCGGGCGUCGCCCUACACGGGUCUGGUGGACGUCGACGUCUGUCCCGCGGCGGAAGGCCGGCAGCACUACGACAGCAUGCCGCCGCGCGGCGCGCCGCCGCCGCGCGGCGUCUUCUACGAUCCGAACCAGGGCGGGCAGUACGUCGACCCGAGUCAAGCGUACAUGGUGCCGCAGUACGCGCGGCACUACCCGGGCCACUACUACGCGGCGCCCAUCCCGCUCGCGCCGAUUCCCAGCGACGCGGGCUCGUCGGGGCCUCCCUCACCACCGUCGCCUCGACGAACUAGACGGCCGCGGCGCCGCGGGUCGCCGCGCGACUCGCCCGUCGCCGACGACGACGAGGCGGAGACGGCCGCGCCCACCACGGAAGCGUCGACGGCGAGCGUGCCGCCCCAAGCGCCGCGCGACCAGACGCGCUGCCGCUUCUUCUUUUCGGCCCGGGGCUGCAAACGGGGCGCGGGCUGCUGGUUCCUGCACUCGGACGAGGCCGCCGAGCCCGAGGCUGAGGACGAGUCGAAGCAAAAGUGAAGUGGCGCGGCCCCCAGGGUCGCGCCCAUAAUUAAGAGAGAAUUGUACUAUUCGAUAGAGAAGAGGAUGAAAACGGGAGGAUGAUGAGAG